GUCUGCGCAGUGCCUACUUUACCACUUCCUGAAGAAUAACGUGAAGAAAGAACGUAAUAUUUGCAGUCUCACAACAGGUAGUUUAAACGGCCAUAAACAGACAUGGGAAAAGUGAGAAAAAGUAAGAAGCCUCCUCCAGAGGGAUGGGAACUUAUUGAACCUACGCUAGAUGAAUUGGAUCAAAAAAUGAGAGAAGCUCAGACAGAUCCCCAUGAAGGAAAACGUAAAGUAGAAACCCUGUGGCCUGUGUUCAAGAUCCAUCAUCAGAGAUCUCGCUAUGUGUUUGAUUUAUAUCACAAAAGAAAAGCAAUAAGUAAAGAACUAUACGAUUACUGCAUUAAGGAGAACCUUGCUGAUGCCCGCCUUAUUGCUAAAUGGAAAAAACAAGGCUAUGAAAACUUAUGCUGUUUGAGGUGUAUACAGGCAAGGGACACUAAUUUUGGAACAAAUUGCAUCUGCAGGGUACCAAAAAGCAAAUUGGAAGAGGGUCGUAUUGUGGAGUGUGUUCACUGUGGAUGUAGAGGAUGCUCUGGAUAGAAGACAGCUUCAAUGAAUAUGUUAAUAAUGAUGAAACCAGGUUAUUCAGAUUACCCCUGAAAUAUUCUAUGACAGUAUACCAGCCUAUAUAGAACUGGCCCUUAAUGGAUCUGAACUUGAAUUUAACUAGAAAGCACCUGGCUUGUGGUGUACCUGACAUUCUUUCAGCAACGAUGUGAUCGGUUGGUGUCAUUAUUCAUGACCAAUCCAGAAAGAAAAAAGAACAGGCAGGGGCCUAUAACAUCCCAUUGGCCUUCUUCUUGGUUUCCUGGAUCUGUGACAUUGUCCUGGUGACUUGAUCUGCUUUUUGUAUUUCUUUUAUGGUUUUACUUACCUGUAUGGGAAAUGGACUGCCCUCUUGAAUAAUCAAAUUGUAAUUGAUAGUAAUGGAGCCUUUUUAGAGACAUCUUAAUUUCAAGAAUAUGAUUGAUAAGUUGACAAAUGCACAGCUAUAAUGUAUGAUCUUUUUUUGGAUGAUUAAAUGCAUUUUUUUUUUUUUUUUUGAAAAAAAGUUUUUAGUGGGAUCAAAGUGAAAAAGUAUGUUUAGUUUUGUCUAGUAAUUUUGUGUAAAUAAAUAUUUUAUCAAAAGUUGUAGUAGUGUGCCAUAGUCCACAGUGUAAAGUCUCUGAUUAGAAAUACAAUACAUUAGUUUAUUA